AUGAAGCUAACCAUUUAUCUCCUUCUUGCUACUACUAUUGCUGUUGCCUCCGCGCAACCUGAUUUUGCACCCAUAAGGCAAAAAGGCAUCUACGGAACUCUUCUUGACACUAUUGGCUUCACUGGUAUCGAUGCCAUUAUAUCGGAGAAUGCACCUGUCACUAUCAUCGGUCCCUCUGACCAGGCGUUCGGGGAGGUGGCUGGUGUCAUUGCCACUUUGAGCACUGAAGAAAUCAAACAAAUUGUGUUGAAUCACAUUGUUCCGAACGCAACCAUCACAAGUGAUGUAUUGAGAAAAGAAGGUUGCAUGGUUGUCAAGACUAUCGGAGGCCUUGAAGUUUCCCUUUUCCGGGAUCCAAUAACUUUUGAAAUGGAUGUAGACAACGAUCUCAUCGUGGAUCCUGACGUCGCUGGAGACUACGGUGUUCUCCAUGGCAUUGAGGAUGUGAUAAUCGCUGAUCAACACGGAUUCUUGGGCUGCCCCAGCUUUUCAGAUCUUUCAGCUAUUUCUGAUAAAGAGGACUUUUCGACUCUUCUUGGACUCAUCGAGCAAACACACAAUCAUUUCACAAUCACAAUGAAUACAGAGAAUACCACAAUCUUCGGGCCAACAAAUGCUGCAUUUACCGCUGCCCAGGGUCAACUGGAUUCACUGACUGAGGACCAACUGGAUCAAGUUGUUCGCGAUCACAUGGUGUUUGGGGAAAUCUUGACCGAAGAAGUCAUUGCGUUUGGCUGCGUCGAAAAGAAUACACUUGCCGGUACGACGUUAGCCAUUCGAUUCGACGAAUCAUCAGGCGCAGCAUCAGUGAAUGGUGUCCCAAUCAGUGCUACGGAAAUUGACAUUCGUGGAGAGUACUUUGUCCUUCAUGGAAUCGAAGGAACUCUUGUUGAAGCCCAGUACGUUCCUUGUGCCCAGGAACCUCUUGACUUUUCUCCCGUAGUUGAAACUGGGGAGUACAGCACCUUUCUCGACUUGGUGGACCAGACGACCUUGUCUGAUGACAUUAGUAUGAAGAGGCCCAACACAAUUUUGGCUCCAACAGAUGCUGCGUUUGCAAGGGCCCAAAGUGUUGUCUCUGGACUAAGUGACGAAGAAAUGGCAGCAGCCAUACAAGUAGCACUUGCGAAUCAUGUCAUCAACGGUACCAUUAUUGAUUCAGCUUCUGUAGUAGCUGAAGAGUGCAUUGAAGCUGAAACAGUCGGAGGGUAUCCAGUCAGUAUCAAUUUCGACAUUGUAACUGGACAGAUCACCGUCAAUGGAAUCGCUGUUGUGCAGACCAAUAUCACUGGCAACUUUGGGAUCUUACAUGGUAUUGAUGGCGUAAUAGGCAUUGAUGGGGAAUACGCUCCAUGCAGUCCAUAUAGCGAAAUUGAAUUUCUGUCGAACUUCUUUGAGAUUGAUAUCAACGCAGCAGCAGAUGACGAACCAAUAACUGUUUUUGGUCCUCGCAAUGACGCUCUCUUCUCACUAGACAUCUAUCCCUUUGAUGGGGUCGGUUCUAGACAGAACGAGAUGGAUUUGGUGCUUGGACACAUUGUCGCCGGUGUCCACACAGCUGAAGAAGUAAAAAAAGCUGGGUGUGUCGUUUUGGAGACGUUUGCUGGAACCAGAGUUCGUGUCAUUUGGGUGGAAGAUGGACCUGGUCACAGCGGCGGCAUGAGAAGACGUCGCCUAGCAGGUCACGGUGGCGCCAACAUGGGAGUGGUUAUGGUGAAUGAUGCCAAGGUGAUUCUUGCCGACCAAUCGAAUGGGGACAAUGCGAAUAUUUUCCAUGGAAUCGACAAAGUGAUUCUUCCUGGCUCUUUUAGCGAAUGCCCCGUGAAUAUGCCGCCAUCAAUGCCUCCUGUGGCUCCUCCUCCAACCCAACAAGCAACCCCGGCAGCUCCCACUGUGGCUCCAGCCGAGUCGGGUGCCUUUUCAAGUGGUCUGAGCAUUACCGCCAUCCACAUCCUUGCUUUGGUUGCUCUUUUAUCACAGAGAUAA